GGGAACACAUCUCGACUCAACACACUAACGCACACGUCUAGGCUGUUGCCACGGGACACGGUACUGCACUACUUGUCAUGGGGAGCAGGGUUUUGGGUCCCUGGGUUUUCAUUCUCGUUUUCCACGAGGUGGCUGGCUUUAGCAUCAGGAAUGAGCUGCUGGGUAAGUGUGUGCAGGUCCUGGUCCAGGAUGGGCAUCCCGGGGGCAGGGUGGUGCUGGGGGAGUGCAUCCCUGGCUCAGCGCUGCAGGAGUGGCAGUGGCUCCCUGAGCGCCUAGCCCUGAGCAGCCGGCUCACAGGAGAGUGUCUGAGUGGCCAGGAGCAUGAUCUGAGUGUCCGACUGCACUACUGUGGCCCUGGGAAUGAGGAGGGAGCUGGGGCUGCAGGUGGCGAGGUGGGCAGGGAGGGCCAGGCAUGGGCCUGCUCUAAGAAGGGCCACCUCGCACUUCAAGGAAAGGGGCUCCACCUCAACGCUCGUCACGUAUCCUCUAAGCUGUCUAAGAUCUUCCUCUCUAAAGAGCGUGGGCAGGCCAGCAAGUGGAGAACGCUGGGAAAACAUACUGUGUGUGGUGAUAGAGACAGCCAUCACCACCACCAUCGCCACAGGUCCACACAAACUGCUGCUCUGCCCCCCUCAACAAGUGCCCCUUCCAAUACAAACAGCCAACCAGAGUCGAUUCCAGGGGAUGGUGUGGUUGCCCCUAACACCACUGGAAUGGACCCUGGGACCGAGCUCUCUCAUCUGGCUGAAAGCAUCACGGGCCUUGAGGGCCCCUCAAUUACAUUCUUCACCGCUGAGUAUGGGUUUGGCUGGAAAGUGACCAUGCUGGUGCUGAGCUCUCUGGCUCUGGUGCUGGGGACUAUCAUACUCUUCCUCAACAUCCACCACAACAGGAAGAAGAAGGUGGUGUGUAUGCUGAAGUCGUACACUCCUACAGGGGUGGUGAGUCAGCCAGGGUCCCCCGUGCUCAGUGAGAGAGCCCCCCUCACGCAGCACCCCAUGCGGGCGGCCCACUCUCCCUCCCUACAGCGAGGAGAGAUCUUGAUCAAGUGGAAGGACGGUACAGUCACCCCGCUGUUCGACAGCUACCUGACUGACUGAAGGACAAAUGUGUCUGUGUGUGUGUGUGUCUUUGUGCUUGUAGAGAGAAAGAGAAACAAAGGGAAUCUGAAAAUCUAUUUUAGGUUCAGAGGUGCACAGUGAACACACACACACAUUUCAAUGCAUUUCAAUAUUAGAUUCCACAAGAAGUGUGCUGAUAUGAAUCAGCAUAGCGGUCAUGUUACAUUUUCUACACAGGAACAUUUUUAAAAAUAUGCACAUCCAACUCAUCAGGUGCAGGGCAGAUGAACGUAUCAAAGAAAAAAGUAAUGUCUGCAACUCUGGUAUGCUCCCAUGGUGAUUUAAUCAGACGCACAAAAAAGACAACGGUUCGAUCCGAGUUGGAUCUUUGUCAGGUCACAUUUUCAACCCACACGCUUCAUGGAAUGUCUUGAAAGCACUCACUUCCCUUAGAAGUAUCUGGCCUAGCUGAGAUGAAAGUGAGCAAUGAAGUCCUGCCAGAAGAUGAAGCUGAGCCUGGUUGAAGGACCGUUACGGUAUAUUCCAAACCCCGGAUGAACUGGACAAACAGACUUUCCCUCUAACUUAGUGAGACAAAUGUCCAGGUGCUUCCAGCUGGUGUGAGUCAGUAGUGGAUUGUAUGUACUGUAGUCGUAACACUAGACUAGAGUGAAGGAUGUUCAAGGUGAUUCCUGAUGUAUUUGUAGCAUUGCCAUGAUAUCAAUUGCUAGUGUGUUGAGGUGUCAACAAUGUUGGCAAUCUAGUAAUAGACAAAUGAGAAUAGAAGAGAAUAAUUAUAGUUUUUGCGAUGAUAACAGGAUGUUUUCAGAGCUAGUAUUAUGGUAGCUUUUGUAUAGAAGAUAUUAUGUGAAAUUACAUUUUAAAUUGGUGAAAUGUGGGAAAAUAACAUUUGUAAGGAUUGUUGUGUCUGAAUUAUGGAUAUUGUACUUGCUCACUAAUAUAGUUAGUGUUGACCGUUACUGUACAACAUUCUGAUAUGUUGAUGCAUAGAGCCUUACCGAUAUGGGGGAAUAAAUGGAAUUCUAUAGUAUUUCAAUUAAAUGUUUCAAGGACAAAAUUA